AUGGGGCUAAGGCUACUCAGCCUUUUAAUGCUAUGGCUGACCCUUUGCUAUGCCAAUCAAAUUAAAAAAGGAAGAAACCCUAACCAUGGCAACUAUGUCUGCAGUACCUGGGGAAAUAACCACUUCAAAACUUUUGAUGGUGAUUUCUACCAGUUUCCUGGUGUCUGUGAUUACAACUUUGUUUCUGACUGCCGAGAGACUUUCAAGGAGUUCUCUGUUCAUAUCCAGCGUGAGCUGAAUGACCAAGGGCACCCUGACAUCCAAUUUGUUCUUCUCACAAUUAAGGAUGUUGCAAUCUAUCUAACUCACAAGAUGGUUGUGGUGGAUGGGCAAAUUGUAAAGACUCCAUACCAUAGCUCUGGUGUUCUGGUUGAGAAGAAUGAUAUAUAUACUAAAGUCUACUCCAGAGUGGGCCUGAUUCUGAUAUGGAACAGAGAAGAUGCCUUGAUGGUUGAGCUUGACACCAAGUUUAACAACAAUACAUGUGGUCUUUGUGGGGAUUACAAUGGCCAGCAGCUCUACAAUGAAUUUAUUUCCGGUGGCUUGAAUUACAACCCAAUCACAUUUGGAAACCUACAGAAGAUUCAUAAUCCCAACAAAGUAUGUGAAGACCCUGAUGAGGCACAUACUGUUGAACUCUGUGACCAGCAUCGGGAUGAGUGUGAAAAGCUGUUGACUGCUCCUGCUUUUGCGGAUUGUGCGUCCCACCUGAAUCUGGAAUACUAUAUUCAAGCUUGCAUGCAGGACAAAUGUGCCUGCCAGCAAAAGGAGGAUUCCUUUUGCCUCUGCAGCACAAUCUCAGAGUACUCGCGUCAAUGUUCCCAUUCUGGAGGCAGGCCUAAGAACUGGAGGACACCACAACUGUGCCCCAAGUCCUGCCCUGAAAACAUGGUCUACCUGGAAAGUGGUUCACCCUGUAUGGACACCUGUUCACACAUGGGGAUCAGCAAACUCUGUGAAGAGCACUAUAUGGAUGGCUGUUUUUGCCCAGAAGGCACAGUGUAUGAUGACAUCACCGAGAAAGGCUGUGUGGCCACAAGCCAAUGUUCCUGCAAACUUCAUGGGAAACUAUAUGCCCCAGGGCAGAAAAUUUCACGUGCAUGUGAAAAGUGCACCUGUGAAUCAGGUAGAUGGGUGUGCCAGGACUUGCCAUGUCCAGGUACAUGUGCACUGGAAGGAGGAAGUCACAUUACCACCUUUGAUGGGAAGAAAUAUACUUUCCACGGAGACUGCUACUAUGUACUGGCCAAAAGCAAUAAAAAUAACUCGCAUGUCCUUUUGGGAGAGCUGGGCCCAUGUAGUUCUUCAGACAAACAGACGUGCCUGAAGUCGGUAGUGCUGUUAUUAGACCACAAGAAAAACGUUGUAAUUUUCAGAUCAGAUGGCACCAUAUUGCAGAAUGAGAUGGAGCUCCACUUGCCCCAUACAUCAGCUAGCUUCAAGGUUUUCCAGCCAUCUUCCUACUACAUUAUUGUGCACACAGAUUUUGGCCUCAAUCUGCAGAUCCAGUUGGCUCCAAUUGUACAGUUGUUUGCCAUUGUGGAUCAGUCUGCUAAGGGAAGUCUCCAAGGUCUUUGUGGGAAUUUCAAUGGAAUAGAAGGUGAUGACUUCAAAACAUCAGGUGGAUUGGUUGAAGCAACGGGGGCUGCCUUUGCUAACACCUGGAAAGCACAAUCCAGCUGCAGUGACAAAGUGGACACUUGGGAACACCCUUGCACUCUUAACAUUGAAAAUGAAAAUUAUGCUGAACAUUGGUGCUCUUUGCUGAAAAGUACAGAAAGUCCUUUUGCCAGGUGUCACUCAGCUGUUGAUCCAACAGAUUAUUAUAAGCGAUGCAUGUACGACACCUGUAGCUGUAAUGCUAAUGAAGAAUGCCUGUGUGCUGCGCUGUCAUCUUAUGCAAGAGCCUGUGCCUUCAAAGGAGUAAUGCUGUGGAACUGGAGAAGUGUUGUCUGCAACAAGGAAGUGUCCUCUUGCCCAGCAACCCAGGUCUUCCACUACAAUCUGACCGCAUGCCAGCAAACCUGCCGUUCUCUUACUAGUGGUGAUAAGUAUUGCUUGCAAGGCUUCAUUCCAGUAGAUGGCUGUGGCUGCCCUGAUAAUACCUACAUGAAUGAUAAGGGCAACUGUGUGUCGAUGGCGGACUGCCCAUGUCAUUACAAAGGCAUCUCCUUACAUCCUGGGGACAGUUUCAUGAAACAGGAUGAGCACUGUGUUUGCAAAAAUGGAAGACUUCACUGUGUACCUGUAACUUUUCAAUUGAAAAGUGUGAUCUCUAUUUAUUUUACAGAAUGUUCACACAACAAGACCUACUUUGACUGCAAUAACAUUGGUUCAUCUUCCCAAACACCAAUACUGCUUAGCUGCCAAACGCUGGGUACCGAUCACUUCCAAACAGAGUGCAUCUCAGGGUGUGUCUGCCCUGAUGGACUGAUUGAUGAUGGCAAAGGCGAAUGUGUGGAGGAAAAAGACUGCCCAUGUAUUCAUAACAAGGAAUUCUAUCCCUCUGGAGAAACAAUAAAUGUGGGAUGCAACAAUUGUACUUGCCAAAGUGGAAGCUGGAACUGCACCAACUCUGUGUGUCAUGGGACUUGUAUCAUUUAUGGAAGUGGCCAUUAUAUCACCUUUGAUGGAAAAUACUAUGAUUUUGAUGGUAACUGUGAAUAUGUGGCUACUCAGAAUUACUGUGACAAUCAGCCGUCCCUGGAAACAUUUAGUGUUCUCACAGAAAAUGUCCCAUGUGGAACCACUGGAGUCACCUGCUCUAAGGCCAUUAAGUUGUUUAUAGGGAGAACUGAACUAAAGUUGGAAGAGGGAGUAGCAAUUGAACAUGACCUUGACAGCCAGAUGACUUAUUGGACUUAUGAAGCUGGGCUGUACCUUGUGGUUGAAGCCAGCAAUGGUAUUAUGCUCAUCUGGGACAGGAAGACUACUAUUUUCAUCAAGCUGACCCCUUCUUAUAAAGGCAAUGUCUGUGGCUUAUGUGGCAACUUUGAUGAUAAAGCCAACAAUGACUUCACAACAAGGGACAUGGUUCAGACCGAAAAUGUGCUGGAUUUUGGAAAUUCAUGGAAAAAGGAUUCUUUUUGCCCUGAUGUGACAGCAGAGAUCCAGCCUUGUGAAAAGAAACCUCAUCGUAAAUCCUGGUCAGAGAAAGCGUGUGCCCUCAUCAAAAGUGAAGUUUUUGCUAUAUGUCAUCACAAGGUGGACCCACAGCAAUUCUAUGACGCUUGUGUACAUGAUGCUUGUGCCUGUGACUCCGGUGGGGACUGUGAGUGCUUCUGUACUGCAGUUGCUGCCUAUGCACAAGAAUGCAUCAAAGCUGAAGCUUGUGUCUACUGGAGGACUCCAGAUAUAUGCCCAAUCUUUUGUGACUACUACAAUCCUAGUAGAAAUGAAUGUAAAUGGCACUAUGAACCAUGUGGAAGCAACGUGAAAACUUGCAAGAUUCUUAAUCAUGUUAGCACCAACUUUUCAACAUCAUAUUUGGAAGGUUGUUAUCCACGAUGCCAUCCAGAUAAACCAGUCUAUAUUGAAGAGACCAACACAUGUGAGACAGAGGAUUAUUGUGGAUGCUACAUUCCACAUAACCACCCACAUAUUCCAUCUGAUGUUCCACCUUACUUUCCACCCAACCAUUUUAUACCCACAAAUAAACCAUGUAUGGAAUGUGUCUGUCUCGCACCAGGUGAAAUAAAAUGUACACCGAAGACAGGCUGCUGUGAAUAUAAUGAGACUCUGUACACUGAGGGAUGGAGCAUUAUUGUGCAAAAUGGAUCAGUCUGUCAUAACUUUACAUGUUUAAACAGCACUAUGGUGCAUAUAGAAGAGUAUAGCUGCACUACUUCCACCACAAUCCCCACAACUACCUUUUCAACUACCUCUUCUACCACUGUUACUGUGACUACCACAGCUUCCACCACCACAACUACUCCAAUGUCAACAACAACUCCGUGCUAUGAACUUGUCUGCGAAUGGAGCCAAUGGUAUGAUGUUAGUUUCCCCAAACUUGAACCAGGAGGUGGUGACUAUGAGACAUAUGAUGCCAUAAGGAAUAAAGAUGCACAUUUUUGUUCAGCCCCACAAGACAUACGGUGCAGAGCAGUAAAUGCACCUGACCAAAGUCUGCCAGAACUGCAACAAAAAGUGGAGUGUAAUGUUACUUAUGGGCUCAUUUGUAGAAAUGAAGACCAGGACAAGAGCUUGUGGGACCUCUGCUAUAACUAUGAGAUACAAGUCAAUUGUUGUACUAUAAAACCGUGUAUUCCCACCACAACUCCCACUACUACCUCUACAACCACUUCUACUACUACUUCUACCUCUACCUCCUCGCCAUCUACCACGACACCAACUACCACUCCUACCACUACGUCCACAUCAACUCCAACUCCUACGACCUCAGUGUCACCUUCCACAAGAUCAACUCCCACUACAGCAUGUGUCCCUACAUGUGACUGGAGCAACUGGAUUGAUGUGAGUUACCCACAAUAUGGCCCAGAUUCUGGGGAUUAUGAAACCUAUGAAAACAUCAUAGCACACAACAUAACGAUCUGUGAUGCUCCACAAAACAUAUCAUGUCGAGCAGUGAAAUUUCCUCAUGAUUCCUUUGAAGAUCUGGGACAAAAAGUGGAAUGUGAUGUUAAGACUGGGCUUACAUGUAACAAUAAAGAUCAAGUUGCUGGACCUGUGGUACCUGUACCGAUUUGUCUCAACUACGAGAUAAGCGUCCUCUGCUGCCAACUUGAAUGCUCAACGACAACAGCAACCACCACCCCAACCACGACUCGUACGACUCCUACCACCACUACAACUCCCACUACCACCACCACCACAGAAACCACAACUACCACCACCACCCCAACGACUACUUCUCCAACCACCUCCACUCCAUCUACUACUACCUCUACAACUAUUCCUACCACUACUACUACAUCACCCACUACCACUCCAACUACUACUUCAACAACCACCAUUACAACUACCACCAAUCCAACUACUACUACCACCACUACAUCUCCUACUACCACUCCAACCACAUCCACUACUCAUACAACUCCUACCACCACUACUACAAUUUCCACGAAUGCUACUACAAUACCUUGUACAACAGAAGCACCAGAGGAUACUACCCCUCCAACUAAUAUUCCAACAACCACCAUUACUACAACUACCACCACUACCACUACUCCUACCACUCCAACUACUACUCCUACAACUACCUCUAAAUCAACCACUACCACUCCAACUGCUACUCCAACAACCACCAUUACUACAACUACCACCACUCCCACUACUACUACCACCAUUACAUCACCCACUACCACUCCAACUACUACUCCUACCACUACCUCUACAUCACCCACGUCCACUCCUACUACUACUCCUACCACUACCUCUACAUCACCCACAUCCACUCCAACUACUACUCCAACAACCACCACCACUCCAACUACUACUCCUACCACUACAUCACCCACUUCCACUCCAACUACUACUCCUACCACUACCUCUACAUCACCCACUACCACUCCAACUACUACUCCAACAACCACCAUUACUACAACUACCACCACUCCCACUACUACUACCACCAUUACAUCACCCACUACCACUCCAACUACUACUCCUACCACUACCUCUACAUCACCCACCUCCACUCCAACUACUACUCCUACCACUACCUCUACAUCACCCACGUCCACUCCAACUACUACUCCUACCACUACCUCUACAUCACCCACUUCCACUCCAACUACUACUCCAACAACAACUCCAACUACUACUACCACCACUACAUCACCCACUACCACUCCAACUCCUACUCCUACCACUACCACUACCUCUACAUCACCCACUUCCACUCCAACCACUACUCCAACAACAACAACUCCAACUACUACUACCACCACUACAUCACCCACUACCACUCCAACUCCUACUCCUACCACUACCUCUACAUCACCCACUUCCACUCCAACUACUACUCCAACAACAACUCCAACUACUACUACCACCACUACAUCACCCACUACCACUCCAACUCCUACUCCUACCACUACUUCUUCUACCACUCCAAUUCCUACUCCUACCACUACCACUACAUCACCCACUUCCACUCCAACCACUACUCCAACCACCACCACUCCAACUACUACUACUACCACCACUACAUCACCCACUACCACUCCAACUACUACUCCUACCACUACCUCUACAUCACCCACUUCCACUCCAACCACUACUCCAACCACCACCACUCCAACUACUACUACCACCACUACAUCACCCACUACCACUCCAACUCCUACUCCUACCACUACCUCUACAUCACCCACUACCACUCCAACUACUACUCCUACCACUACCUCUACAUCACCCACUUCCACUCCAACCACUACUCCAACAACCACCACUCCAACUACUACUCCUACCACUACAUCACCCACUACCACUCCAACUACUACUCCAACCACCACCAUUACUACAACUACCAUCACUCCCACUACUACUACUACCAUCACAUCACCCACUACCACUCCAACUCCUACUCCUACCACUACCUCUACAUCACCCACUACCACUCCAACUACUACUCCUACCACUACCUCUACAUCACCCACUUCCACUCCAACCACUACUCCAACCACCACCACUCCAACUACUACUACCACCACUACAUCACCCACUACCACUCCAACUCCUACUCCUACCACUACCUCUACAUCACCCACUACCACUCCAACUACUACUCCUACCACUACCUCUACAUCACCCACUUCCACUCCAACCACUACUCCAACAACCACCACUCCAACUACUACUCCUACCACUACAUCACCCACUACCACUCCAACUACUACUCCAACCACCACCAUUACUACAACUACCAUCACUCCCACUACUACUACUACCAUCACAUCACCCACUACCACUCCAACUACUACUCCAACUACUACUCCUACCACUACCUCUACGUCACCCACUACCACUCAAACUACUACUGCAACCACCACCACUCCAACUACUACUCCUACCACUACCUCUACACCCACUUCCACUCCAACCACUACUCCAACAACCACCACCACUCCAACUACUACUACCACCACUACAUCACCCACUACCUCUCCAACUACUACUCCAACAACUACCAUCACUACAACUACCACCACUCCAACUACUACUACAACUACAUCACCCACUACCACUCCAACUACUACAACCACCAUCACUACAACUACCAUCACUCCAACUACUACUACCACCACUACAUCACCCACUACCACUCCAAUGACUACUCCUACAACUACUCCAACGACUACUCCUACUACUACCCCUACGGUAUCUGCUACUACACCAACUACAUGUGUCCCUACAUGUGACUGGAGCAACUGGAUUGAUGUGAGUUACCCACAAUAUGGCCCAGAUUCUGGGGACUAUGAAACCUAUGAAAACAUCAUAGCACACAACAUAACGAUCUGUGAUGCUCCACAAAACAUAUCAUGUCGAGCAGUGAAAUUUCCUCAUGAUUCCUUUGAAGAUCUGGGACAAAAAGUGGAAUGUGAUGUUAAGACUGGGCUUACAUGUAACAAUAAAGAUCAAGUUGCUGGACCUGGGGUGCCUGAACCAAUUUGUCUCAACUACGAGAUAAGCGUCCUCUGCUGCCAACUUGAAUGCUCAACGACAACAGCAACCACCACCCCAACCACGACUCGUACGACUCCUACCACCACUACAACAAUUCCCACUACCACCACCACAGAAACCACAACUACCAUCACUACCACCACACCAACAACUACAUCUCCAACCACCUCCACUCCGUCUACUACUACCUCUACUACUAUUCCUACCACUACUACUACAUCACCCACUACCACUCCAACUACUACUCCAACAACCACCACUCCAACUACUACUACCACCACUACAUCACCCACUACCACUCCAACCACUUCCACUACUCAUACAACUCCUACCACCACUACUACAAUUUCCACGAAUGCUACUACAAUACCUUGUACAACAGAAGAACCAGAGGAUUCGACCCCUUCAGGGACGAUGCCUACAACCACUACCACUUCAACACCUACAACAACCAUCUCAACAACUGCAACAACUACCGCUCCGACUCCAAGUACCACUACACCUACAACCACCACUUCUGAAACCUCAAUAAUAACUACCACAACAACUCCUCCAACAACCACCACCACCGAGACUCUACCCACUACCACAUCAACAUCUACACCUACAACAACCAGCUCAACUACUACUGCAUCAUCCACCACCCCCACUCCUUCUGAAACCCCAACAACAACCACUACCACUUCAACCCCAACAACUACCACUCUGACUCCAAGUACCACUACACCUACAACCACCACUCCUGAAAUCCCAACAAUAACUACCACAACAACUCCUCCAACAACAACCACCACCGAGACUCUCCCCACUACCACAUCAACAUCUACACCUACAACAACCAGCUCAACUACUACUGCAUCAUCCACAACCCCCACUCCUUCUGAAACCCCAACAACAACCACUACCACUUCAACCCCAACAACUACCACUCUGACUCCAAGUACCACUACACCUACAACCACCACUUCUGAAACCUCAACAAUAACUACCACAACAACUCCUCCAACAACGACCACCACCGAGACUCUCCCCACUACCACAUCAACAUCUACACCUACAACAACCAGCUCAACUACUACUGCAUCAUCCACAACCCCCACUCCUUCUGAAACCCCAACAACAACCACUACCACUUCAACCCCAACAACUACCACUCUGACUCCAAGUACCACUACACCUACAACCACCACUUCUGAAACCUCAACAAUAACUACCACAACAACUCCUCCAACAACAACCACCACCGAGACUCUACCCACUACCACAUCAACAUCUACACCUACAACAACCAGCUCAACUACUACUGCAUCAUCCACCACCCCCACUCCUUCUGAAACCCCAACAACAACCACUACCACUUCAACCUCAACAACUACCACUCUGACUCCAAGUACCACUACAUCACCCACAACCACCACUCCUUCCGAAACCCCAACAAUAACAACCACAACUCCUCCAUCAACUACCACUGAGACUCAACCCACUACCACAUCAACUUCUACAUCUACAACCACCUCAACAACAACUCCAACUACCACUUCAAGUACCACUACAUCACCCAUAACCACCACUCCUUCUGAAACCCCAACAAUAACGACCACAACAAUGCCUCCAUCAACCACCACUGAGACUCAACCCACUACCACAUCAACGUCUACACCUACAACCACCUCAACAACAACUCCAACUACCACUCCAAGUACCACUACUUCACCCACAACCACCACUUCUUCUGAAACCCCGACAAUAACAACCACAACAACGCCUCCAUCAACCACCACCAAAACUCUACCCAAUACCACAUCAACAUCUAUACCUACUACAACUACUUCAACAACAAUCCCACCGACAACUUCCACUCUGACUCCAAGUAUCACUACAUCACCCACUACCCCCACCCCAUCUGAAACCCCCUUUCCAACAACCACAACUCCUCCAACAAGCACAUCUAUGGAGACAAUUACAACUACCUCUACAACCACUGCUACUACAACAACUACUGCAUCAACUUCCACUGAGACUCUAUCCACCAGCAUGUCAACAUCUACACCUACAACAACUACCACCACCACCACCACUACUGGAAGCCCAACUACAACAAUCUCACCAACAUCAACCACUAUGUUUUCUACAUCAACAAAGUGCUACUGUGAAUGGGAAGAUGGAAUAUAUGAGCCAGGUGAAAUAAUAAAGAGAGAGAAACAUGAUGGAGUGUGUUCUGUUACCAAAUGCUCACAAUGGUGUGAGGUUGUGUUUGACUAUGAGCUUUGCACCACAACACCAACUACAAGUACAACAAGAACCAGUACAACCAUAAGCAGCACUACAUAUACAUCAACAAAUGGUACUACGAUAACCACCUUAACGCCCAGCAUCUCCACUGAAAUAAAGUCUACUACAGAAUCUUCUACAACACCUGCAAUUCCAUGUUAUCCUGAUACUCCGCCAGGAGACAUCUGGUCCCCUUGUAAUUGUACCAAGUUCAUAUGUAUUUCAAAUAACACGUGGCAGAUGGUUCAUCAAGAGUGCGUUGUGCCACCCAAGCCCAAGUGUUCCAAUGGGCUUGCCCCUGUGCUUGUGUUGGACGAUGAUGAAUGCUGCUGGCACUGGGAAUGUGACUGCUACUGCACAGGCUGGGGAGACCCACAUUAUAAGACAUUUGAUGGAUUAUACUAUAGUUACCAAGGCAAUUGUACCUACACCUUGGUGGAAGAAAUUCACAAACAUGUUGACAACUUUGGGGUGUACAUUGACAACGUCCACUGUGACCCACGAGAACCAGUCUCUUGUCCACGCACACUUGUUGUGAGGCAUGAAACCCAGGAAGUGAUCUUAAAAACCGUGCAGCUGAUCCCUCUGGAAGUACAGGUGCUUGUAAACAAGAACGUGGUGGCUUUACCUUAUGAAAAAUAUGGCCUGAAAGUGUUUAAAUUGGGUAUAAAUUAUGUGGUGGAAAUCCCUCGAUUGGGGAUGAAUGUCACCUACAAUGGCAUGGCCUUCACAAUUAGAUUGCCCUAUAAGCUUUUUGGCAACAACACCCAAGGACAGUGUGGCACAUGCACCAACAACACAGCAGAUGACUGUAUGUUCCGCAACAAAACUCUUGCAUCUAGCUGUGAAAAAAUGGCGGAUGACUGGGUUGUUAAAGAUCCAACCAAGCCAUACUGCCCUCCAUUCCACCGACCUGGUCCACCAAUAGUCCCCCCUGGUGGUCCCUGCAAACCAUCUCUGCUCUGUGAUCUCAUACAAGGAAGUAUAUUCAAGAAAUGUCACAAAGUUGUUAGUCCUAAUAACUACUAUGCAGCCUGUCUAUACGAUAGCUGCUAUGUUCCUGGCGCUAAGAUGGAAUGUGCAAGUCUUCAGAGCUAUGCAGCAAUCUGUGCAGAUCAAGGUGUCUGCAUUGACUGGAGAGGCCUUACCAAUGGCUCAUGCCCUGUCCAGUGUCCAUCUAACAAAAUUUACAAAGCAUGUGGUCCUUCUCAAGAGGAGACUUGCAAAUCAGGCUUAGUCAACCGAACACAGAACAUUGAAGGCUGUUUCUGUCCUCAUGGAACAACACUUUAUGAUGCUGGGGUGGAUGUCUGCGUGGAAACUUGUGGAUGUGUUGGACCAGAUAAUAAACCAAGGAAGUUUGGGGAGACCUUUGAAUUUGACUGCAAGGACUGUGUUUGCCGGGAAGGAGGUGCUGGCAUUAUCUGUGUGGACCAUAAAUGUCCAGUGCCACAAAAUGACCAUUGUGAAGGAGAAGGAUUCUACAAGAUUACUGAAGUCAACCCUGAUGACAAAUGCUGUUCUAAUAUCAAAUGCGUAUGCAAUGCCAGUGACUGCUCAAGCAAGCCUCCUACGUGUGUACCAGGGUUUGAUGUUCUUGCUGAAACUCCUGCAGGCCAAUGCUGUCCUACUUAUCAAUGUAAACCUAAAGAUGUUUGCGUGUAUAAUAAUGCUGAAUAUCAGCCCGGUUCAGAAGUCUUAGCACGCAAGUGCCAGCAAUGCUGGUGUACCCAUCAAAAAGACAGCAUUACUCAACUGAACAUCAUCAGUUGUAACCAUAUUCCAUGCGACGUAACAUGUGAAAAUGGAUUUUCUCUCCAGUCAGAUCCUGAUGAAUGCUGUGGGAAAUGUGUGCAGACAGAAUGUAUUAUACAACUAAGUGAUAACAGUGUUAUCUACUUAAGACCAGAAGAACGGCGGAGUGAUCCAAAGGACAACUGCACCAUUUAUAGCUGUGUGCAGAAACACAACCAGCUGUUCUCCUCCACCUCUAAGAUAACCUGUCCACCAUUUAAUGAGAAUAAAUGCAAACCUGGCACCAUUACAUUAUUGCCUAGUGGCUGCUGUAAAACAUGUACACUUUCUGAUAAGCCGUCGCAACCAUCAUGCUCUCCCACUAAAACAAAUGACUAUAUCACUUAUGACGGUUGCCGUUCAUUGGAACAGAUCUCUGUCACUCAGUGCGAGGGGACAUGUGGAACUUUCUCACUAUACUCUGCCCAAGCCAACUCAAUGGAGCACAAGUGCACUUGCUGCAGAGAGGCAAAGACAACCACAAAAGAAACCACACUGAUCUGUGCCGAUGGGAGCAGCAAGAAACAUCGCUAUCUCUAUGUGGAAAGCUGUGAAUGUCUGGACACCGAAUGUGACAGCUCCCACUCAUCCACUACAUCUGAUGAGAGCAAUCUAGCAACUAACAAGGAGUAGAUAACAGAGGAUUAUAGUGCUGGGACGCACUAACUGGAAGGCAGUUCAAUAGGAAAUUAAUGGUCUAAACAACCGGUUAAGAAGGGAAAAGCACAAAA